UGACUAAUAUGCCCCUAGGCCGAGUUAACAAAAAAAAGGCGAGCAAUCUGAAUAUAAGCGGCGAGUUGAGAUAAACUAUUCUCCACAAGAGUUUUGAGUUAGUUCUGCUGAAAAAAAUAAUUUAGGGCUCUCUCUCUCUACAGACGCAAGGAGGAGUGAGAUAGAGCCUGAAACGAUGUCGCAGAACGGGAAAUUGAUGCCCAAUCUCGACGAGAAGACCACCAAAGUCCUCAACCUGACGGUGCUGCAGCGGAUCGAUCCAUUCGUCGAGGAGAUUCUCAUCACCGCCGCCCACGUCACCUUCUACGAAUUUAACAUCGACACUAGCCAAUGGAGUCGGAAGGAUGUGGAAGGUUCGCUUUUUGUCGUGAAAAGGAAUACCCAGCCAAGGUUCCAGUUUAUAGUAAUGAACAGACGGAAUACUGAUAAUCUAGUGGAGAAUCUCUUGGGAGAUUUCGAGUAUGAAGUCCAGGUUCCGUAUCUUUUGUAUCGAAAUGCUUCCCAAGAAGUAAAUGGAAUAUGGUUUUACAAUGCACGUGAAUGUGAAGAGGUUGCAAAUCUAUUUAGCAGGAUACUUAAUGCAUAUUCCAAGGUGCCUACAAAGUCCAAAGUAUCUUCUGUGAAAAGUGAAUUCGAAGAACUAGAAGCAGUUCCAACACUCGCUGUAAUGGAUGGUCCCUUAGAGCCAACAUCUUCUAUUGCUAAUGCAACAGAGGUUUCUGAUGAUCCUUCUUUUAUAAACUUCUUCAGUAAUGCUAUGAACAUAGGAGCUGCUCCAAAUACAGCAAUUUCUGGACAGCCUUUCAACCCCUCUGCAACUGUUAUUCCUUCAUCCAUUCCACAGAAUGUUUCUCUGCCCACUUUGACAACUGCUCAGCCACCAUCUAAUUUAUCUGCUUCUACACCUAUAAUGUCUAUUCUUGAGAAUACAGAACGUACUACAACACAGCGUUCAGCUGAUCUGGUGAAACCAUCGACAUUUUUCAGCCCUCCUCCCACCUCUGCUGGACUGGUUAUACCUCCCGUGUCAUCAGCAAUGCCAACUGCACCUCCAUUGAAUCCUCCAGGAAAUCUACAGAGACCUUAUGGUGCACCAUUACUCCAGCCAUUUCCGCCACCAACACCCCCACCAUCACUCACUCCAACUGCUCCUACACCAAAUUAUGGGCCACCUGUCAGCAGAGAAAAAGUUCGGGAUGCACUUCAAUUGCUUGUUCAGGACAAUCAAUUCAUCGACAUGGUCUACCGAGCAAUGCUUAGUGCAAACCAACAAUCGUGAUAAGUCCGGAGGUUGCUGCUCGAGUUUCCAUUUCCUGCCUCAACUCUCAGUAGGAGGAAAAUGUAUAAGUCGCUGUUCAUUAUGUAGUUUUGCUAAGAACCAUAAAUGUUCCUAUGCAGUCCUUGUAUAGAGUUUGCAUUAAUUCAUAGUUGGUUUUACAUUUUGCCAUUUCCUUGAUAUAUAUCAUCUCGUUUCCACA